AUGGGCAUAAAACGAAGGCUACAACAUUCUGGAGGAGAAGGUAUCUGUCCCCGCCGUGUCCGCCGCAGCGGCGGAGGAAAUGGCGGGGGGAAGUCGACAGUUUGGGGUUACCUUCCCGGAGCUUCUCCGCAACGGUCGCCGUUGUUGUCUCCGGUGGAGGUGAAGAUUCCGUCGGCUAUCGAGAGCUCGUGGAAGGACGUGUGCGGCGGUGGCUGCGGCUUCGCCAUGGCUAUCGCAGAAUCCGGGAAGCUUAUGACAUGGGGUUCUACAGAUGAUCUAGGUCAAAGCUACGUGACUUCCGGGAAGCACGGGGAAACUCCAGAGCCUUUUCCUCUUCCUGAAGAAGUUUGUGUGCAAAAAGCUGAAGCCGGUUGGGCUCAUUGUGUGGCAGUAACAGAUAACCAGGAAGUAUAUACGUGGGGAUGGAAGGAAUGCAUACCCUCAGGGAGGAUCUUCGGAGACCAAUCAUUUAUGGGAGGAAGCGCCAACAAAGAUACAUAUCAAAGACAUAUUUCAUUCUCGGCAGAGAAAGUAAGCCCCCGUUCCCAAGGGUCAAAAUCUAGUGGUGGAACCGUUUCUCUAAUGGAAAAUAGAGGCGGAGAAGAAUCUUCAAAGAAAAGGAGGAUAUCACCCGCAAAGCAAGCUGCUGAAAGCUCAUCAUCUGGUGAAAGCGACUUGUCAGCAUUGCCUUGCCUUGUGUCAUUGCCCCUGGGAGUAAAUAUUGUUAGCGUAGCUGCAGGUGGGCGUCAUACUCUAGUCUUAUCAGAUAUUGGACAGGUGUGGGGUUGGGGUUAUGGAGGAGAAGGGCAGCUUGGAUUGGGUUCUCGGAUUCGUUUGGUUUCCUCUCCUCAUCCUAUACCUUGCAUUGAGCGCUCCUCUUAUGGAAAAGGCAGGUCUAUGGCCAUUGCUGGAGGAAGCAUGAGUUCAGUAGGGCAGAGCGGCGGAGUUCUUGGAAGUUAUGUGAAAAGAAUUGCAUGUGGAGGGCGACACAGUGUGGUAAUCACAGAUGCUGGAGCUAUGCUUGCAUUUGGUUGGGGGCUUUAUGGGCAGUGUGGCCAGGGAAGUACAGAUGAUGAACUAAGUCCUACUUGUGUGUCAUCAUUGUUGGGCAUCCGGGUAGAGGAAGUGGCUGCAGGUCUAUGGCACACGGUUUGUGUUUCAUCUGAUGGUGAUGUGUAUGCGUUUGGUGGAAAUCAAUUUGGGCAACUAGGGACUGGCAGUGAUCAGGCCGAGACUCUCCCGAGGCUAUUGGAUGCUCCUAGUUUGGAGAAUUUGAAUGUCAGAAGUAUCUCCUGUGGGGCUCGUCACUCCGCUGUCAUUACAGGGGAUGGAAAGGUAUUCUGCUGGGGUUGGAACAAAUAUGGGCAGCUUGGUCAGGGAGACGUGAUUGAUCGGAACGUUCCCUCUCAGGUCAGGACCGAAGGUUUCAUCCCAAAGGACAUUGCAUGUGGCUGGUGGCAUACUCUGCUUCUAGGUGUAUCGCCUCCUUGAACACAUGACAUGACCCCUCUCUCUCUACACCUCCAUUUCCAAGUUUUGUUAGGGUUAGAGAACAAAGACUUGAGUAGCUGAACAGGGAAUAGGAAUACCCUUUUGUUGUAUACAUAUAAUUUAUAUGUGCACCAUACUUAUUAUAUAGUAUGUACAUAUAUCCCCAGUU